AUGGUCCACCAUAGAGUCACUAUCAUCGGUUCCGGCCCUGCUGCCCAUACCGCCGCCAUCUACCUUGCCAGAGCAGAAAUUAAACCCACUUUGUACGAGGGUAUGUUGGCCAACGGAAUCGCUGCCGGCGGUCAAUUAACUACUACUACCGAUAUCGAAAACUUUCCUGGUUUCCCCGAUGGUAUUGGAGGUACCGAGUUGAUGGAGCAAAUGAAAAAGCAAUCACAAAGAUUCGGAACCGAAAUCAUUACCGAAACCAUUUCCAAGGUUGACUUAUCCAAACGUCCUUUCAAGUUCUGGACUGAAUGGAAUGAAGACAGUGAGCCUAAUACCACUGAUGCUAUCAUUAUUGCCACGGGUGCUUCUGCUAAGAGAAUGCAUCUCCCUGGAGAAGAUACUUACUGGCAACAAGGAAUUUCGGCUUGUGCUGUUUGCGAUGGAGCCGUUCCAAUUUUCCGUAACAAGCCUUUGGCUGUCAUUGGAGGUGGAGACUCUGCUUGUGAAGAGGCUUUGUUCUUGACAAAGUACGGGUCCAAGGUUUACAUGUUGGUGAGAAGAGACGAGUUGCGUGCAUCUACUAUCAUGCAAAAGCGUGUGAAAGCCAACGAAAAGUUGGAAAUUUUGUGGAACACCGAAGGUGUGAGUGCCAAGGGUGACGGUAAGCUCCUUAACGCCUUGGAGAUCAUCAACAACAAGACAAAGGAAAAAUCCGACUUGGCUGUUAACGGUUUGUUCUACGCCAUUGGCCACACUCCAGCCACCAAGAUUGUUCAAGAACAAGUCAAGACCGACGAGAACGGCUACAUCUUGACCAACCCAGGCACUGCCGAGACCUCUGUACCCGGUGUGUUUGCUGCUGGUGAUGUUCAAGAUCACCGUUACAGACAAGCCAUCACCUCUGCCGGUACCGGUUGUAUGGCUGCUUUGGACUGUGAAAAGUUCUUGGCCGAGCUGGAAAUAUAG